AUGGAAGUCAGAUUUCAACCUUUAGAACCCCAUCAGAUGUUGCAAACUGUAAAUAUCACUGAAGAGGCCAGAUUCAUUCUUUUAGGAUUAACAACAACUCCAGUACUACAAGAACUACUUUUUGUGUUGUUUGCCGCAGCUUACGUUUCAACAAUGGCUGGGAAUCUUAUGGUCAUCGUUGUCAUCCGAUUGGACUCUCGUCUUCACACUCCCAUGUAUUUUUUUCUGGCCAACCUUGCCCUAAUAGAAAUAUUUUAUACUACCACUGUCAUUCCAAACACCUUAAAUAUAUUUGUGAAUGAAGACAAAAGCAUCUCAUUUGUUGGCUGCUUUAUUCAGAUGUUCAUAUUCAUAACUUUGGGGGGGUCUGAGUGUGUUCUACUUGGCACAAUGGCUUAUGACCGAUAUGUUGCCAUAUGUCGCCCACUGUUAUAUACUGCAAUCAUGGACCGAUCUUUUUCUCUCCAAUUAGCACUGACUUGCUGGAUUUUAGGAUUUCUCAAUUCAUUGCUACACACCAUUCUUGCCGUACGGUUACCCUUCUGUCAUGACCGCCAUAUUAAACACUGUGUGUCACACCUAAUGGUUGUCAGUAUUUUCUUUGGUACAGUCAUAUCCAUAUAUAUACGUCCAACUUCACAGACUUCCUCUGAUCAAAAUCGAAUAAUAUCAGUAGUUUAUGGUGUGUUCACUCCUCUAUUUAAUCCCCUUAUAUACAGCUUUCGAAAUCAAGAUUUUCAAAAGGCUUUCCUGAAAGUGCUAUAA